UUCCCAUUUCAGUGAGCUCCAGGUGCGGUUUGUUGUUCACAAGGACUGUUUUCCAAUCACUGAGAGUGUUUUCAAGAAGGCUAUAAAGGACAAUUAUAAUGAGAAGAACAAGUUCAAAACAGAACUUACUGUUCGACAGGUCCUGAAACUCAGUGCACUUUUCCGCCCAGUUAUAGGGCCUGUACGCUCGCCACCAAUGGUGACUGUUCAGGACAGAGAAGUUUAUGCGGGAGCAAGAGACUUGCAGGUCCAUUUGGAAAGGGAAGCAUUUGCUAGAGGCAAUCAUGAUGCUAGGAGAUACUCUAUGCUCUCUGAUGAAAGGGAUGGACAUGUUGAAUACCAGCAGGCGGGCUCUAUGCACAGAGAUGAGUUUCCUUGUGAUUUAUUCAUGAGUGAAAAGGAAUAUAGAACGUAUGGCCUUUCAGGAGAGAGAAGAAAGUUGACUCCCUCUCAUCAUAUUCCAUCCACUCUAGACCCGUACCAGAGAGACCAGGAAAGAGAGCACCUUCUUAGACUGCCAGACCCUAUAUACAGAGACACUGUACCUUUGCAAAGAGAAGCCGUUCUGGCUGUUCCUCUCUACCUGAACCAGCCAUAUAAUUCUAGCGGUAGACGUGAAUUGCCACCAGCCGUUACUUCGAUACCUCCAACUUCUUCUGGCUCUGCUCUUGCUGCUUUGGACCCAUACACAAGGGAUCCAUAUUAUACUUAUCAUCAUGGUGCUUCAUCUGCAGAUGCAUAUGUGCCGCCUUCAAGGAGAGAUGAACUUUCUUCAGGUUCCUAUUAUGUUGAUGGUCGUAGAGAGACGUCCCUAUUUGAGGCAGAUCCCUUGCGUAGGAGGGAAGCUGAUCAAGAGGGUAGAUUAUACUCAACGCAUGCUUCUGAUGCAUUGUCAAAUUAUAACAAGUUACUCCAGUACCACGGAGCCAAGCCUGAAACUGCACCUCCAUCAGUUUCAUCUCGGUACUCCUUUGCUGGGUCAUCUGUCUACUAUCGCUAACCUUGUUUGCAGAUCUCUGCCAUGGAGGUCGAAAAUAACAGAGAUUGAGUGUGUAUGGUCGAAAAUAACGGAGGAUAGCUCAACCCGUCAUAUUUUGGUUGAGAUGGGAGAUUGAGCACAUUCGAGUUUAUUUUAUUGUACCUUUAUUUGGAUUUGUUAAUCAUGUACUUUAGACUUAAUUGUUAGUCCAAUUAUUGGUAAUGUUUUCAUUAGGGUUUGUCUUAAACCAUCUAACUGUAUUUAUCUAUUAAAAAAAUUGUAUCUUUGCAA